AUGGUCUUUUCCUCUGAGUUCGUUGUUGUCACCACCCUCGACACUCUUGGCAGUGGCAACUCUUCUCUUAUUUCCAUCAAUGCCAGCUCCCAACUUUCUUUAAAGCUUACACCUUCCAACUUCCCUUCUUGGCGCGCCCAACUGACGUCAUUGCUCAUUAGCUAUGACCUUCAGGGCUAUCUUGACAGUACAAUUGUUUGUCUGCCACGAACCCUUUCUCCUAGCACCUCCUCUACCAAUUCAUCUUCUACAAGUGUCUCCAAUCCUGCUUUCUGGCAUUGGCUUCGGCAAGAUAAGUUAAUCCUUCAUGCCAUCCUUGCAUCUAUCUCCGAGCCAGUCAUGCUGCUCAUUGAGGAGUUGACUCUCAUUCAGCGAGAGUCUCGCUCAGUCUCAGAGUAUCUCCAUGCCAUCAAGGAAUUAGUUGAUGAACUUGCUGUGAUUGACUCACCUGUCUCAGCAGAUGACAUUACUUUGUAUGUCCUCAACGAUCUUGGCCUUGAGUCCCGUGAGAUUGCAGUGCCUAUUCGGGCACAUGAGACUUCUCUUACGUUUGAGGAGCUUCAUGAUAUGCUGGUUGGCCACGAAAGUUACUUACGACGUGUUGAUGUGUCCAAUGUUGUCCUGGUUGUCACUGCGAACUCCACUCAGCGCCGCACUCUCAUUUCCACUUUCAACCGCAACCAACGUUCCAGCUCUGGUUCCUCUUGUUAG